UAGCACGAUGCUAGCUUCCAAGUUAUUAGCAAACAGGGGAGGACACUACAGACGGUGGCUUGUUUUACAGUUUCUAAAGCAUUUUGAUAAGGCUAGUGCCUUAUUAUGCGGCGGGGGGAGCAUGUUCCACGGGCUUUCCAGGCCCCGGUGGAUGUACACGCCAGCGCAGAUGGCCAAGUGUACGUGUUCAAAAGGAGAACCAAUGAGUCUGCCGUGUCCUCAGAUGAUGAGGAACUCAGUGUCCUGGAGAUGAGGCCACGGGCUUUCCAAGAGCUGGAGCAGGACAGACUGAGGAACAUGGAGAUGCUGGAGCGAGAGGUGUUAGAUGACGACAAUCUCAUCAAGCUUGCACUGCAAUAUGGGUGCAAGGUCGCAGAUAUAAAGCGGGUGAACAACCUUAUGCAAGAACAAGAUUUGUUUGCACUAAAAUCCAUUAAAAUACCCGUUCAGAAACACAGCUUCUUGACAGAGGGUUACACUGAUCUCAGUGACCCUGUAGAAGAAAUGCCACAUUCAUCUGCCACACCAUUAAAGCCUCCAGACAGAACCAGGGGACACCCACACAUACAGGAGGUCACAGACUUUCUCAUGGAGGUAGAUAACGAUAUUGAGAAACUGAUUCAGUCCACAAAUGAUCACGAUGACGAUUUGUUGGAUAACUCUGAGAGACAGGAGGGGUUUGGUUUCAGAGGGAAGCGUCUGACCAGUCACGGUGCAGACUGGGGAAUCAACUGGUGGAACGCCGUCAUUGCCAUGUUGCUCAUAGGCAUUGUCCUGCCAUUAUUUUAUGUCAUUUAUUUUAAAACGAAAGAAAAUGGAGGAGGUUCCCCAUCAGAGGGUAGUGGAGUUGUACAUUCAGUCAACAGUUCAGGGACAGACCCCAAAAUAAAAGGUCCUCUACAUUUUCAGGAGCCAGGAUAAUAAUUUUUACAGUGUUCUGGUUCAAGUACAAUGUAAAAGUGACUGUGAAAUCAGAUGGAAUGCUUUAUUAACCGUUGUGCAAUACACUAUGUCUUGUUUUACAGACUCAUAACUAAUGCUGAACGGUAUGACCAGAAAGUCAUAUCACAGUAUUUAUUUAUUUUCGUUUAAGAUUCUGGGUUUUAUUUCCUAAUGACUGAGAUUUUAAACACUGAAAGAUUGUAUCUCUUAAAAGAAGAUUUUCAUUCAUUUAAGCAGCGUAUGACUUUCAUCACAAAUUUUUUGUCCAAUCUGUAAAAUCAGAGUGAUUAUCACUAAUCCGUUAGUCUCUCUGUGUUUAUGUACCUGAAUCACUUCCCUCACGGUGAACAACUUCGCAGAUGACUCCAUCAUAAACACAAUCUGCUUGUUUACAUAACAAACCAAAAUGUAAUUCAGGCCUUUUUGGAAAUUUUGUCGCAAACGGCAUUGUGGGAAUAGUGAGCUAGAUCACUACAACGUAAAAUUGUACAGUCCACCAGAGUUGUUUUAAGGCAUGAGUAUAGUCGGUGGAUGGAGGUAAAGGCCACAUUUGGUUUCAGCACUUGCGAAGGGACAGCGAAAUUGCCGCUGCACUUCACGACAAAAUUUCCGAAAAGGCCUGAGUGACAUUUCGGUUUGUUAUGUAAACAAGCGGACUGUAUUUAUGAUGGAGUCAUCUUCGAAAUUGUUCACCGUGAAGGAAGUGAUUCAGGUGCUUUAAUGUUCACCCAACGUCACAAAAUGAUACAAUACAUGAAGAAAGCAGUGGAAGUAAAACACUUUCAGUACGUCUGAUAUUGUUAAAUGUGCAAUGUACAGUACAGUUUCCUCAAAUGUAGCUUUUGCAUCGGUUGUUUGCUUUACUUUGUGACCCGAUGCUGCCUUAGUUACAGUUUCUCAGAAGAUUUAAUAUGUUGAAGGUAUUAAAAAAAAGGAUAUUCUCUGGAACAUCCUUAUAUGGCAUUAGAUGGAAAGUAGUUGUGAAUGGAUAAAAA